UAGCCUGCUUCACAUUGUUAACGUUGAUUUCUCCCGUUCCAGCGUUUGUCUUCCGUGAGCCAAACCGGGUCACCGCCUCCCGCAAAACGCCUGAAAUCUCGGCUUCCUUCGGCAGCGGGACGCAGCGGGACUCACAAGCCACAGCCAUGAGGAAGACCGGCGUCCGGGUCCCCGGCCCGACCGGAGGCUGGUAGGGACGCUGCCGCUGCGACAAGCCGCCAAGAGACGCAGGAGGACGGGGAGAGUCUGGACGACAUGACGGUGUUCAACCCGGACAAUGUGGAGGAAUUUUACGAGAUUGGAGACGAGCUGGGCAGCGGUCAGUUCGCCGUGGUGAGACGAUGCCGGCACAGGCGAACGGGCGCGGAGUACGCCGCCAAAUUCAUCAAAAAGCGGCGCAACAAGUCGGGUCGGCGCGGCGUGGCGAAGGAAGACAUCGAGCGAGAAGUGAACAUCCUGAAGGAGAUCCAGCACCCGAACGUCAUCACCCUGCAUGAAGUGUUUGAGAGCAAAGCUGAGGUCAUCCUCAUCCUGGAACUUGUUGCUGGGGGUGAGCUCUUUGACUUCCUGGCAGAGAAAGAGUCUCUGAGCGAAGAGGAGGCCACUCAGUUCCUGAAGCAGAUCCUGGACGGAGUCCUCUACCUGCACUCCAAGCAGAUCGCUCACUUCGACCUGAAGCCGGAGAACAUCAUGCUGCUGAACCGCUCAGUGCCUCACCCGCGCAUCAAGCUCAUCGACUUUGGACUAGCACACAAGAUCGACUUUGGAAAUGAUUUCAAGAACAUUUUUGGGACUCCAGAGUUUGUUGCUCCAGAAGUAGUGAACUAUGAACCUCUGGGCCUGGAGGCGGACAUGUGGAGUAUCGGGGUUAUAACCUACAUCCUGCUGAGUGGAGCUUCUCCCUUCCUGGGCGACAACAAGCAGGAGACUCUGGCCAACGUGUCGGCCGUCGAUUACACGUUCGACGAAGAGUUCUUCAGCAACACCAGCGCUCUGGCCAAAGACUUCAUUAGGAGGCUUCUUAUCAAAGAUCCAAAAAAGAGGAUGACGAUUCAGGACACCCUCCAGCACCCCUGGAUCAAGCCAAAAGACACUCAGCAGGUGCUGAGCAGGAAGGAGUCGGCCGUCAACAUGGAGAAGUUUAAGAAGUUUGCAGCUCGAAGGAAAUGGAAACAAUCCGUCCGACUCAUCUCCUUAUGUAACCGCCUGUCGCGCUCCUUCCUGUCCAGGAGCAACAUCAGCGUGGCGCGCAGCGACGACACGCUGGAUGAGGAAGACUCCUUUGUGAUGAAGGCCAUCAUCCACGCCAUAAACGACGACAACGUUCCCGGCCUGCAGCAUCUGCUCGGCUCUUUGAACAGCUACGACGUCAACCAGCCCAACAAGCAUGGGACUCCGCCGCUGCUGAUUGCAGCCGGCUGCGGCAACAUUCAGAUCAUCGAGGUGUUGAUGAGAAAAGGUGCAGAAAUCCAGGCCAACGACAAGAGCGGAGCCAACGCCGUGUAUUACGCAGCCCGACACGGACACGUCGACACCCUGAGGUUCCUGCACGAGAAGAAAUGCCCUCUGGACGUCCAGGAUAAGUCUGGAGAAACGGCUCUUCAUGUGGCGGCUCGCUACGGAAACGUGGAUGUGGUGAGCUACCUGUGUAGCAUCCGGGCCAAUCCAGACCUGACGGACCGGGAGCAGGAGACGCCGCUGCACUGCGCGGCGUGGCACGGCUACUCCGCUGUAGCCAGAGCGCUCUGCCAGGCCGGCUGCCAUGUUGACGCCAAGAACCGCGAGGGGGAGAGUCCGCUGCUGACGGCGUCGGCCCGCGGCUUCAUGGACAUCGUGGAGUGCUUGGUGGAGCACAAGGCGGACCUGGAGGCCACGGACAAGGACGGCCACACGGCGCUCCACCUGGCGGUCCGCCGCUGUCAGGUCGAAGUCGUCCGCUGCCUCCUCAGGCAGCGCUGCCACCUGGACCAGCAGGACCGCCACGGCAACACGCCGCUCCACAUCGCCUGCAAGGACGGAAACCUGGCGGUCGUCACGGCGAUGUGCGGCGCCAAGGCGAGCCUGGACCUGCCCAACAAGCAUGGACGGACUCCUCUCCACCUGGCUGCCGGAAACGGGAGCCUGGAGGUCGUCCGCCAUCUUUGUCUGGCCGGAGCAAACAUCGACGCCGUCACAAACGAUGGAAAAACAGCCGAGGAUUUGGCUGCUGGUGAUCAUCACGAACACAUCGUGGAUUUGUUGGGAAAGCUUAAAAAGGACAACCUCAAACUGAGCUACAUCCAGCAGCUGCGUCCCACCCAGACCAUCCAGCCCAGGAUCAAACUCAAGCUGUUCGGACACUCCGGGUCUGGGAAGAGCACGCUGCUGGAGUCGCUGAAAUGCGGCAUCCUGCGCAGCUUCUUCAGGAGGCGCAGGACGACGCGCAUGACCAACUCAGCACGACACCCCAACUCCCCCGUCAACUCCAAGCCUGCAGUCUCUGUGAGCAUCUCCAACCUUUACCCGGGCUGUGAGAACGUGAGCGUGCGCAGUCGCAGCAUGAUGUUCGAGCCCAGCCUGACCAAAGGCGUGCUGGAGGUUUUCUCCCCAGUCCACAGCGCGCUGUCGGCAGCGGACGACCAGGCCACCAAGGCCAUCGACAUCCAGCACGCCAACAUCCACGGUGUUGGUGAUUUCAGCGUGUGGGAGUUCUCAGGGAACCCCGUCUACCACUGCUCCUACGACUACUUUGCGGCCAACGACGUGACGGCGAUCCACCUGGUGCUGUUCAGCCUGGAGGAGCCGUACGAGACGCAGCUGGGCCACAUCACCUACUGGCUGAACCUGCUGAAGGCCCUCACCCCGCCGCAGGACAACAUCGUUUUCGGAGGUCGGAUCCAGCAGCCGCUGGCGGUCGUCCUGGUGGCGACGCACGCCGACCUGGCCGACAUCACCAGAGCGUUCUCUGGAGAGUUCAGCUACGACAAAGAGCGAGCGCUGCUCAAGGAAGUCAGGAACAGGUUUGGGAACGACCUGCAGAUCAGCGACAAACUGUUUGUGAUGGACGCCGGAGCAUCAAACUCCAAAGACCUGAAGCUGCUGAGGAUUCACCUGCAGGAGCUGCGCGCCAGCAUCAUCUCUAGGUGCGGUCCGAUGACGCAGCUGUCGGAGCGCCUGCUGGCCGCGCUGCCGGCCUGGAGGAAGCUGAGCGGGCCCAACCAGCUGGCGUCAUGGCAACAGUUUGUCAGCGACGUCCAGGAGCAGAUCAACCCGCUGGUCAGCCAGGACCACCUCCGGAUUCUGGCCAUGCAGCUGCACAGCAUGGGGGAGAUCAACAUCAUGCAGAGCGAGACGGUGCAGGACGUCGUGGUGCUCGACCCUCGCUGGCUCUGCACCAACGUCCUCGGGAAGCUGCUGUCCGUGGAAACGCCGAAGGCCAUCCACCACUACAGGGGGCGCUACAGGCUGGAGGAGGUGCAGGCGCUGGCGCCGGAGAGCGACGUGGAGGAGCUGCUGCAGGUCCUGGACGCCAUGGACGUCUGCGCCCGCGACAUCACCAACCCGUCCAUGGUGGACGUCCCGGCGCUCAUCAAGACCAACGGCCUGCACCGCUCCUGGACGGAGGAGGACGAGGACGCGCUGAUCUACGGCGGCGUGCGGCUCGUCCCCGCCGAGCACCUCACGCCGUUCCCCUGCGGCUUGUUCCACAAGCUGCAGGUCAACCUGUGCCGCUGGAGCCACCAGCAGAAACCCGAGGAGGACGGCGCCGACGACUCGGACGGAGACGUCCACCUGUGGACCAACGGCGCCAAGGUGAGCCAGGCGGGGGCGGAGGCCAUGAUCCUGCUGGUGAACCACGGCCAGGGCGUGGAGAUCCAGGUGCGCGGCCACGAGUCGCAGCGGGCCAAGUGCUACGCCCUGCUGGACACCGUGUGCAGCAUCACGGAGAACCUGCUGGCCUCCACGCUGCCGGGCCUGCUCACCGCCCGGUACUACCUGAGCCCGCAGCAGCUGCGGGAGCACCACGCCCCCAUCAUGGUGUACCAGCCCAAAGACUUCUGCCGCGCCCAGAUCCAGCGCGAAACCUCGCUCACCAACACCAUGGGCGGCUACCGCGAGAGCUUCAGCAGCAUCCUGGCGUUCGGCUGCGCGGAGGUCUACCAGCGCGGCGUGCUGGGGACCGACGUCCACAUCGCCGACGUGCCUCUGCUGGCCCGCAGGAAGCUGUGCCGCAUGCUGGACCCGCCCGACGCGCUGGGCAAGGACUGGUGCCUGCUGGCCAUGAACCUCGGCCUCACCGACCUGGUGGCCAAAUACAGCGGUGGCGGCGCCGCCUCACCGGACGCCGACUCUCAGCCGCCGCCGCCCAGCCCGACGGCGGCGCUGCUGCGGGAGUGGAGCAGCAGAGCCGGCAGCACGGUCGGCGUCCUGAUGAUCAAACUGCGGGAGCUGGGGCGACGGGACGCGGCGGACUUCCUGCUCAAGGCGUCGCCGGUGUUCAGGGUCAACAUGGAGGUGCUGAGCGGCGCGCCCAACGGAUACCCGCCCACCUGCAACGGCGGCACGUCGUACAACUCAAUCAGCUCCGUCAUAUCGCGCUGACGCAGCUUCAGCAACGAAGUGCAAUCAAGAAGAGCUGCUCGCCGUUUCCCAACAUCCUGUACAGCCGGACCCUCCCCUCCUCGACUCUGCAAAAACAUGACCAAAUAUUUCUCAUUUCUACUGCAAAUAUCUUUGUAAACUAAAGAUGAGGCAAAACUAACUUAAAAAAAAACUUUUCAUCAAGAUAUUGCAGCUCCUUUUAAUAAAUAUUUCCUUCAUGUUGAUGAAAUUGAUCCAGUUCCGCUUGCAGAUUAUUUCACUUAUAACAACACAUUUUCCCAAUUUGUUUGUUUUGCUGGAAAACAGAGAAAAUUGAGUUUUAUCUCAACAAUGCUUUAAAUAAACCAACCAGUGUCCGUUAAAUUGUAUGAAUUUAUUGCUCAGGCUGUAGAAUCCAUAAAAUCAGCUCACGAUUCAUUUCCACUGCAAAAACUCAAUCUCACCAAGAAUUUCUACUGAAAAUAUCUUAAAGUAAGACAAAAGUCAACAAAUAAAAUCCUGUUUUAACUCAUUAAUUACUUAAUAUUGAUGAAAAAAGUUUGAAUUUUAUCUGCAGAUUAUUUUACUUGAAACUAAACAUUUUCCCACUUUGUGAAUAAAAUAAUCUGCCAGUGGAGCAAGAGAUUUUUCUCAUAAGUUAAAAUAUCUAGCAUUUAGUUAUUUUAUUUAUAACCAAAUAUUGGUUGAAAUGUUUUUUUUUAGUCAAUAAUUCCUCAAUAUUAACAAAAAAUCACUCGAUCUAUUGGUAAAUUACUUCAGUUGUUACUUGGGGAAAUUAUCUUGUUAUAAGUAAAUUUAUCUGCUAGUGGAACUAGAACUUUUUCAUCAAUGUUGAGAAAUUAUUGAUUUAAAAUAAGCUCUUAUUUAUUUGAAAAGAUACUUCAAAGUCAGUUUUGUUUCUUAGAAAACAUUUUAAGUUAAAAUAUCUCGUUAACAACUAAGAUGUAUGAGCUUGUUUUGAGUCGACAAAUCUUUAAUAUUAAGUUCAAUUAUUAACAUUAUUUCACUUUAAUGUGAUGUUUUAGUGGAACUAGACAUUUUCUUUCUGACACAAGUUAAAAUAUUUUGUUAUAUUGGCAGGUUAUUUAACUUGUAGGCAGCACUUUUUACCAAUAUUAAGUGAUUAUUGAUCUAAAACAAGCUCAUACUUCUUGCUAAAAAGUGACUUGUUUUGUCUUAUUUCAAGUCUAAUAUAUUUACACCAGAAACUCGACCGAAAAUACUUGGUGAGAUUUUGUUUUUGCAGUGUAUGAAUGUUGUUGAAGCUCCAAAGAGGAAUCCUGUGGUUUUAAUCUCAUUGUGCUGCAUAAUAAUAAUAUUAAUAUUAAUAAUAAUCCUCCUGCUCUGCUGCAAGUUGAAAUAGGAAAACUAACCCGUCUCCAGGUGAAGAAGUCGUCUGUUUUUCAGCUCCAAGCCGAGAACUCUGCCUGUCGGUGUUUAUGUAGGAGGCCGCCAUCAAUUUUACAUCUAAUAUUAUCUCAAUCGUUUAUUUUUUUCCCUUUUGUUGAUCUUUGUGUAUAAUUAAUAAAUUAAGAGUGUUUUUCAGAGUGCCUUCGGGGCCUUCUACCUCCCUAAAAGCACAAACUGUCUUGUUGUUGCGACAGCUGUUCUUUCCAAACAUCUGAAGAACCGUGCCUUGCUGACACUAAAACAGCAAAAUCAAAAGUUUAAACCUUGCCUAUUUAGAUUUAAGGCAGAAAACCCAAAUUAUGAAGAAUCUUAUUAGGAAAAAACUCAAACAAAAGCCUGUUUUCAAGUCGAUUUAGGAGAGUUUUAGGGAUGUCCCGAUCCAGGUUUUUGUCUAAUACUGAUCAGAUUCGAUAAAUAAACCCCGAGUUCCAGCCGGAUGCUUCAUGGAAAUCGAUAUCAUGCACAUGCAAUAAAAUCAGACAUUUUGCGUCAGUAUUUUACAGUGGCUGAGAGACGCAAACACUUGAAUGAUGCAAACACAGAAACUGAAAAAUAAACAAAAACUACAACCGAAAAACGCUGCAAUCACAGAAAAGGGGAACAAAUGCAACCAGUUAAACAAAUAUAAAUAAAAAGAUGGGAGCAACUGCAAGCAGGAAACACCGUAAACUCGUUUCACAAAGUGGAAGUCCUCCAGAACACUAGAGGGCGUCGACUAACCGAGCCUAUGGUUCCAGACUCGGUAAAGAUGGGAUGUUAUUAAUGGGGUUUUUUUUUUACCAAUAUUAGAAAGAAGGGAGGAAAGGUUUGUUAGACUUUCAGAUGUUUUGUUACAAUAUUAUUGAGCACAAUUGGGUGUCAGUAAUGCUACCUACUCCAGACUCCCCCUACUGGUCUGGAUGACUUCUGCUUUGUGGAGCAAGUUUGCUGUGUUUCAUAUUUGCAGUUUUUGCUACUCGCAACAAUUUUCGUUUACAGCGGUUCUUCUGUUGCAUUUGUGUUUCGGAGUUCGCAUCAUUCAUGUGUUUGCUGCAUGUUUUCACCUGUUGGCCAUUGUACUAUUUCUUUUUCUUUGUAUUGAAUGAAUUAACCCUCUACAAAAUCUUUUCCAGAGUUUUGGCAGAUGUUAACAGAAAUGUGCAGCUUUAACUUGUUUAUUUCUGCUGCUGAAAAUGGCUCAGUUAGCACAAGCGCUAAGCUAAUGCUAAAAUGUUGACUUUCUGCUGUGACAUGAAUCAUUGAUUGUUUGAUUUUUACCCGAUUUUAUUUGAGUUCUGGUUGAACGUCAUAAAAUGUAAUGACGAUUGUUUCAGCUUCUUUCUGCUCUGGUUGCACCAGCCAAUACUGUCUCUCUGUUUAUCUAUAAAUUUAAUUCUAAAUGCAAACUGUGAUGCGGUUUUCAAGUCAGGUACAUUAAAGUAGGUCGCACAUCAGUGAACCAAUGAAAAGUUCCGUCUCUGUGAUCAGGACAUCCCAUAUUUUUAAUAUGAUUCUGUUUUACAGGUCCCAUAAUUUCCUUCUUUCGGUUUUGAUCAAAUUUUCCCCUGAAAAAAAUGUUUUUUCAUUUUUGUUGUACUAACUUGAGCCAACAUCAAUGUUACAGUUCAGAUAUUGGUCUAAUCGCUCUACAUUAUGUUGUUUUGCACGGUUUCCACAAUUAUGCUGAAAAAAGUAUUUUUCUCAAUCUUGUGCUUUGGAGACGUUCUCUGCUGUUACUGUCUGAUGAUUGUUUUGAAGCUGCUUUGAUGCGUAAUAUUUGGUCGUUCCGUUCCUGUCAGGCUGAGUUUUUAUUCAGCUUUUCAUUGUUACCUGUUUGGAUUCAAUACAGUAAUCAGAGGUUUGCUCUCUUUUGUGAGGAAGUUUGUAAAAAAAAAAUCUAAUUAUCUUCCAUUGUAGACAUUUUAAAUCUGAACCAACAGCAGAUAAUUUUCCUGAUUUCGUCACUAAAUCAUCCUGGGAAAGAAGAAACCAAAGAUUCUGGUGUUUGUUCCAUGUUUUUGCUGUCAUUUUAGUUUCGGUUGCAGCUUCGACUUCAGCCUCCAGAUGGCGGUAGAAUCCACACAUCGGACCUUUAAUGUUUACAGCAGGAACAGAGACCAGAUUGGAGCUGCAAUUGCUGAUCAUAAACUGUAAAGACAGUUUGUAAGGAAAUUCUGGGACCUGCUAAACGUUUUUCCAUUUCAGCAAAAGGAAUUUGCGCCAUUUUUACCAAUAAAAGGACAAAUUUUUGAGUUUCUAAACUUUAAAAAUCAUCAUGGCUGAGAUUCAGGGUCGACGUCCUACUGACUUUAAAUAGAAAGUGCCACAAAAUAAAGAGAAAAUAGCCUGUGAAGAUGGAUUUUUUUGUUCUGUUUUUGCUGUACAGUAGCUGUUGACCGUCCUGACGCUCCAGCUUGCCGUUCACGGUGUCGGCUGUUUUCCUUUUGCACAGUGGCGUCGACGCCACCUUCUGCCAAGCUAAAUUUGAGCUUCUGUCGGUUUCACUGCGGGUUUUUGGCCGGCCACGCGUCGCCUCACAUCUUCUUUCACUUUGCCUCUUUACAGCACCGAGCUGCACUGCAAAAACACAAAAAGUUUUUCUGUCUAGUUUCUAGUACCAGUAUCUUCAGACACUUGAAAUAAGACAAAACUUGUCAGUGAAGUAGGAGUGUGUUUAGAGUUAAUUUAUUAAUUUUGAUUGUUAAAGAAGUCAUGUUAUAAGUGAAAUCAGAGGAUCUAAUACUUUUUCAUAAAAACUAAGAAAUGAUUUACUUCAAACAAGCAUGAAGAGUUAAAUAAUUGAUGCAAAUAAAUGAUUCCAUUUCUAUUUAAUUAUUGGUUCUUGUUCUUUCAGCAUUUCUCUGAAAUGCAUGAAUUUGAAAAGUUGAAACUGAGAAACCUUCUAUAAAAAACAUUUUUGGAACUUUCCAAGUUUUUUUUCCAAAUAAUUCUGAGAUUAAAAAUUUCUGAGUUUUUUUUUUUUUUUUUUUUUAUUAUUAUUAUUAUUUUUGAAGCCCAGAAAUGUCUGUAGAAUUUCUACAUAAAUCUAUUGGAUUACUUGCUUAAAAUCUUGUCAGAAAAGUUACUUUUAAAUUAGUUUUGUCACAUUUCAAGUCUAAUAAAGAGUCUGCAGUGGAAACUGGACCAGAAAUACUGUAAUUAUUCAGAUGUUGCAGUUUGGAGAGGCUGACGGUAAAGUUGGUGAAAUGGUUUUUGUGAGUUGGUGUUUGUAACGUUUUUACAGAAGAAAACAGGAAUUAUGACAUUUUUCAGGUCGAGUAUUUGAAUCCCAAGAGGUUUUUGUUUCUGAAAACAUUCUGAUAAGAAGAGCUGCAGUAUUUCCUGUGUUUCACUUCCUCCAGUGUUCAGAGUCAAAAUAAGCCUCUUAAAGCCGCUUUUCUCUCAGCUCCAACUUGCCAAUCGACUCAGCAAACCGCUCUGAUUUCUCACCAAACGCAGAAAGGCAACAUGAGUGUAGAGAAAAGAUCCACUGAGCAGAGAAAAGACUUUGCAGACAUGGCGGCUCGGCGAAGCGUCUCGGACGGUUCUGUGUUGUUGCCAACGCCGUGUGCUUGAAACGCGCUGCUGUGUGCAGAUCACAGGUAGGAAGGAAAGAGGAAAAUGUUUGUUUCUGCUGUGAGAACUGAGACUGGACUGGAACGAUUGACGGUUUCUGUUUGACGGGGAGAUUUUGGUCUAAUCGCCACAUUGCACAAGUCUUUUUGUUGCUAUUUAUGUUCUGUUCUUUUGCAUGUCUGAGAAUGCCAUGUUCUUAUUCUGACACUUUACAGUGUAAUACAUUUUAUAAUAAAUUCUUUAUUACCUUCUG